AUCCUGUUUAGUGCGCUAGUAUGCGGCUUUCGAGUUUCGCAACAUGGCGGACGGUGAACCAACGGCGCAUGCGCGAAAGGAUCUCUUUAUUCGGGUUAAUCGCGUUAGCCGGAUAGUGUUAGCAAGAUGUAUAAAUUCUGCCUCAAUUAAUCCUCAGUUGAUUUCUGCCUCAGAAACAAUGUAAAACUGUGAAAAGUCUGAGCGAUGGCUAGAGAAAGAGCAGCUUUCUUCAGCCCGUUCGAGCAGGAGAUAAUCCUGAAGACUUUUGAGGAGUACAAAGCCAUCAUCACGGCGAAAUGUAACACAGCUGCUGCAGCCAAAUCCCGAGUGGAAGCCUGGCAGAAAAUAGCCGACAGAUUAAAUGCCGCCAACCCCAACAACGUAAAGCGCACCUGGCAGCAGGUCAAAAUUAAAUACAAAAACAUUGUACAAUCGAACAGGAAACGGAAGCAGAAGUUUGGUGAAGGAUUAGCGAGCAGCAGCUUUUCACCUGCCGAAGAGGUGGCACUUUGGCAGAUCAGAGGGCGACCAGUGAUAGAUGGCACCAUUUUGGGCCUUUCCUCCGAGCAGACUGGCAUUAGUGUUGGGAGGCCGAUAGCUACAGAGCCAGAAAGCUCCGCAAAUCUUAUACAAACAGUGCCAACCAUUCUCGAUUGCGCAGAAGAGCCCAUUGAGCGCUCUGAUUCAGAACAUGAUGAGAAGAACAUUGUGGUGUGUCCUCAUCCAGAAGAGGGGACUGAAGCGUACACAAGUCAAGAAGAUCCUGGACCUUCUGGAGAGUUUUAUUUGCAGCGAGAUGAGGAUGUGACGGCGCUGUAUAAACGUUACCUCAGACAGGAAAUCGCAUACCGGCAACUGAAGAUGAAGAAGCUUGAGAAGGAGAUCCAGCUGCUCGAUAAACAGCUGCAUGUGAGUUAGGUCAGUGAACUGAUUAUUAGUAGGACCAUCUGAAAUGAACUGUGUGUCAGAGAUACUAAAAAUGUAGGUUCCUACAGGUAAAAAAACAAAAACAAAAACUGAUAACAUUAGCUGAACAAUUAAAUAGAUGCCACUGGCUCUCAAACUUGAAUAAAUUCUUCUAAUUUUUUAACCAUGAACUUUCGAAACUUUCAAAAAAAGAGCAGAUGUAAACUCCAUCAUCUGUUGUGCCAGAGUCAGGACACUGCUUAAUAUAUGAAUGGAGCGGUGUGGAGCAAUCACCAUGGCAGCUGUAUCAUGUAAGUCCCACCCCUCUAGUAAAUUUUGUCUUCUAGUCAUCAUUUGAAAGUGCAAAUGAAUUCUGAAACACAUGAAAAUGAUAUUAUUGAUAUUAUUGAACAGAAUUGUAAGCUUGAUGAUUAAUUAAAGGAAAUGAGUACACUAAAUUACUACGACUGUAUUUUUAAUUUUCUUUUUAUUUUUAUGAAUUAAAUAUUCUUUUUUUUAAUUUCCUGUUCUUUUUUUUUUAAAUUACUAUUCCAUCUUUUGCCUUUUUAUUUUUAUUUGUUUUUAAAUUUCCUAAAUUUUUUAAAUUUAAUUUUCCAUUGUCUUUUCCUUUUUCACUUUUUAUAAUCUGUUCCUUUUUAUUUACUUUUCCAUUUUCUUUUCCUUUUAUUUUUCAUUUGCUUCUUUGUUUCUUUACCAUUCCAUUCCUUUUCAUUUUACUCAUGUACUCUUCUCUUUCCCAUCUAUGCUUUUUGCUUAACUUCUUUUAGUUUUCCAUUUUCUUUCCUUUUUUUACUUUGUCACUUGUAACUCUUUGUAUUUGGAUUACAAGAGCAAGAAUGAUGUUGUGGAUCAGAAAGCCUACAACUUUAUUUAAUUCUAAUUAUGUACUUUUUUAAAGUUUGAAUUUGACCUUAGAAAUGCUGACAUAAUUCUGUAAAUAAAAUUUUAAUUAAGUUGGAUUAAAAAACUAGUAUCUGAAAGCUCUGAAAUGCCAUGAGAGACGUGUGUGUGUGUGUGUUUGUGUAAGUGAUUUUUGCAGCCACAAGGUUGCGCUGUUUGUCUUCGACACACUUUUACACAUCCUCAUCUGAGGUCUGCUUGACUUCAUUGUGGAUGUGAAAAAUAUAAAAUAUAAAAACAAAGGCUAAAAAUAAGUUUCUAAUAAAAUGAUUCAAUUAGGUUCUUGAAUCAACAUGCAAAAUUGUUUGAUUUUUAAUGAUUAAUAAUGAUGAUGAUAAUGAUUAAUGAUGUGAGCAUUAGUUUUUUAUAGUAUAAACAUAAUUUAAAACC